GAUGUUAUGAAACAUCGUUGACGUGAUGGCGUCAUGACGUCGGUGACGUGGCUUGACGGCGGCACGCGGGAAAAUUCAGAUUGAGCACAGAGCAGCAGCAACAGAAACAACGGUAAAUAUGGCUAUGAGGAACGCAUCCCGGGUGGAGGUGGAGGGUGAGGUCGAGGAAGAGGAAAGUUUUGGGCCACAACCGGUUUCCCGUCUGGAGCAGUGUGGCAUUAGCAGCAGUGACAUUAAGAAGCUGGAAGAUGGUGGUUUUCACACCGUGGAGGCCGUUGCCUACGCGCCCAAGAAAGAGCUGCUGCACAUCAAAGGAAUCAGCGAAGCCAAAGCCGACAAGAUCCUGACAGAGGCUGCUAAGAUGGUUCCUAUGGGAUUCACCACAGCGACUGAGUUCCACCAGCGCAGAGCUGAAAUCAUCCAGAUCUCCACAGGAUCUAAAGAGCUUGAUAAACUCCUGCAGGGAGGAUUCGAGACGGGAUCCAUCACUGAGAUGUUUGGUGAGUUUCGCACUGGAAAGACGCAGCUGUGUCACACACUGGCCGUCACCUGCCAGCUGCCCAUAGAUCAGGGCGGUGGGGAAGGAAAAGCCAUGUACAUCGACACUGAAGGAACCUUUCGUCCCGAGAGACUGCUGGCUGUAGCGGAGAGGUACGGGCUGGUGGGCAGUGACGUGCUGGAUAAUGUGGCGUACGCCAGGGCCUUCAACACAGACCAUCAGACGCAGCUGCUGUUUCAGGCCUCCGCUAUGAUGACGGAGUCCAGAUACGCUCUGCUGAUCGUAGACAGCGCGACUGCACUUUACAGGACAGAUUACUCUGGACGAGGAGAGCUGUCCGCCCGCCAGGGGCAUCUGGGACGCUUUCUGCGCAUGCUGCUCCGUCUCGCCGAUGAGUUUGGCGUGGCCGUUGUCAUCACUAACCAGGUGGUAGCACAGGUGGACGGAGCGGCCAUGUUUUCUGCAGAUCCCAAGAAGCCGAUUGGAGGAAACAUUCUGGCACACGCAUCGACUACUCGAUUAUACCUGCGGAAGGGUCGAGGUGAGACGAGGAUAUGUAAGAUCUACGACUCCCCAUGUUUGCCCGAGUCGGAGGCCAUGUUUGCCAUUAAUGCUGAUGGAGUGGGAGAUGCCAAAGACUGAAACUUGCUUAGAUCA